ACAUUGUCGAUACCUAAAGGUCAUCGACUGAAGUUGCGGAAUUUAAUUUGCAAACAUUCUUUUUAAUUUAUUCCUAUCUUUUUCAAUUAUUUUGGCAUUAGUGCGCGAGUAGUCUGUAUCGAAGGUCGUGAACGUGUGUCAAAUAAAAAAUAAAAAUGGGUUCUCGUUUCCAAGUCGUAGAACUAGGACCGCCAAUUGAAGUGUUUCAAUUAACCAAACUUUUUGCUGAUGAUACUUUUAAAAAUAAAGUUAAUCUCUCGGUAGGAGCAUACCGAGAUGAGAACGGCAAACCAUGGGUACUACCUGUUGUACGAAAGACUGAGAAGCAAAUGGCUGCUGAUGAAAGUCUGCUUCACGAAUACCUGCCUGUAUUAGGUUUGGAUCAGUUUAGUAAGGCAUCAGUCUCGAUGCUCCUUGGAGAAGAUAGUCCAGCGAUCGCUGAAGGCCGGGCUUUUGGCAUACAGACAUUAUCAGGCACCGGUGGUCUUAGAGUUGGGGCAGAGCUGCUCAACAAGCACUUGAAAUACACGACUUUCUACUACUCGAAUCCAACUUGGGAAAACCAUCACCUAGUAUUCGUGAACUCCGGUUUCACACAACCGCGGCAAUACCGCUACUGGAACUCUAAGACCAGAGAGUUGGACUUUUCUGGAAUGAUCGAGGACCUGAAAAACGCCCCAGAGAACUCCGUGAUAAUAUUACACGCGUGUGCCCACAACCCUACCGGCAUCGACCCUACCCACGAGCAGUGGGAGAAGAUAGCUGAUGUUAUGGAGGAGCGUAAAUUGUUCCCAUUCUUCGACAGCGCGUACCAAGGUUUUGCUUCAGGAGACUUAGAUCGCGAUGCGUGGGCCGUGCGCUACUUCGUUAAACGAGGCUUUGAACUCGUCUGUGCACAGUCAUAUGCCAAGAACUUUGGAUUAUACAACGAGCGCGUGGGCAACCUGACGCUGGUGACGUCGGACGCGAGGCUCGAGCCCGCGCUCCGCUCCCAGCUGACGUGGAUCGUGCGCGGCUCGUACUCGAACCCGCCGGCGCACGGCGCGCGCGUCGUCGCCGGCGUGCUGCAGGACUCCAAGCUCUUCGACGAGUGGAGAGAUCACAUCAAGCUAAUGUCAUCCAGAGUUAUCCAGAUGAGAGAAGCGCUAAGAGCUGAACUUAUCAAGCUGGGCACACCGGGCACUUGGGACCACAUCGUGAAGCAAAUCGGUCUGUUCUCAUACACGGGUCUGACACCGCGUCAAUGCGAGCACCUCAUACAAGCUCAUCACAUCUACCUACUCCGUUCGGGAAGGAUAAACAUUUGCGGUCUUAACCCCGGCAACGUGGCUUACGUAGCCAAUGCCAUUCAUGAUGCGAUUACAAAAUUCCCGGAGAACGAUGAUUCUCGGGCAAAAUUAUAAGGAAGCGACUGGACUGUGGCAACACAGGCUGGUAUGUCGAAUGGAAUAUUUCGUGACGGUUAUAACUUAUUCUAUUAGAGAAAAACAAUUUUAAAAAGUUGAGAGUUUAUUUUAUAUAAAUUUUGCAUUUAUUAGUUAUUUAUGUUGUGUGAAUACGAUGUAUAUUUUGCAAUUAAAUAAAAGAAAAUUUGUUUUGAAAAUUUAAAA